AUGGUUAUUACUAAAGAGGGAAAAACAACCAAAAAAAAAAUCGAUAGACCUGCAAAUAAAAAAGGAAAACAAAAGGCACUUCCUAUCAACGACGACGAUGAUGAGUAUGACGAUAACAGUCGACGAGGAAACAAACGAAAGCUUGAAGAUGACGAGGAAAUUGACGUCAAGACUGAAGAAGACGAAGAUGUCACUAAAGGAAAAAAGGCCAAGGAAUCUCUUAAAAAAAGAAUAAAACAACAAAAAACAACCGAGCCUAAAGCUAAUUCGAACGAUGAUGAUAAAAUGGACAUAGAGGAUGAAGAACCUGUCAAAAAAAAAACGGUCAGGAAAAAAUCCAAGCCAAGAAUUGAAGAGGAAAUGGACAUAAAGUCUGAGGAUGAAGAACCCGUCAAAAAAAAACAGGUCAGGAAAAAAUCUAAACCAAGGAUUGAAGAGGAAAUGGACAUAGAGGAUGAAGGACCCGUAAAAAAAAAACAGGCCAGGAAAAAAUCUAAGCCAAGAAUUGAAGAGGAAAUGGACAUAAAGACUGAGGAUGAAGGACCCGCAAAAAAAAAACUGGACAGGAAAAAAUCUAAGCCAAAAAUUGAAGAGGAUGAGCCUGAACCAAGCGAAGGAGAAGAUGAAGAUUUCCAGUGGUGGAAGGGGCAAUCACUUGAUGAUGGAUCGGUCAAAUGGACUACCUUAGUCCAUAAUGGCGUUUGUUUUCCACCAGAAUAUGUCCCUCACAAUAUCAAGAUGAAAUAUAAUGCUGAAGAAGUUGCUACAUUUUAUGCUGCGUUAUUAAACACUGACUAUGUAAAAAACGAUACUUUCAACGAGAACUUCUUCAAAGAUUGGCAAGUUGUAUUGAAAGAAUCUGAAAAAAAUCCAUCAAUCAAGCAUUUCGAUAAAUGUGAUUUUACUUCUAUAUAUGACUAUCUACAACAAGAAAAGGAACGAAAAAAAAAUUUUUCAAAAGAGGAAAAACAAAGGUUGAAAGAUGAAAAGGCCAGGAUAGAUGAGUUUUAUGGUUAUUGUUACUUGGAUGGACGUAAAGAAAAAGUUGGUAAUUUUAGAAUUGAGCCACCUGGUUUGUUUAAAGGUCGUGGUGAACAUCCUAAAACUGGUUCAUUGAAAUUGAGAGUCACCCCUGAGCAAAUAACAAUUAAUCUCAGUAAAGAUGCACCUGUUCCUCCUCCACCUGCUGGUCACUCCUGGGGUGGUAUUCUGCAUGAUAAUAGAGUUACCUGGCUUGCCACCUGGAAGGAGAAUGUAAAUGACAGUAUAAAAUAUGUGUUUUUAGCAGCAAAUAGCUCACUAAAAGGUCAAAGUGAUUUGAAAAAAUUCGAUAAGGCCAGAGAGCUCGACAAGCAUGUAGAAAAAAUCCGGUGUGAUUAUACACAGGAUUUGAAAGAUAGGCUAAAUUCAGUCCGACAACGUGCUACCGCAAUGUAUCUCAUUGAUAGGCUCGCGCUAAGAGCGGGAAAUGAGAAAACUGGUGAAGAAGCAGACACCGUGGGAUGUUGUUCCCUCAGAUGCGAACAUAUCACUUUGGUGUCACCUAGGACAGUCGAGUUCGAUUUCUUAGGUAAAGAUUCAAUAAGAUACGUAAACUCGGUAGAAGUAAUAGAGCAGGUUUUCAAAAACCUUAGAAUAUUUAUGAAGGAUAAGGAACCCAGUGAAGCAUUAUUUGACAGAUUAAGGACUCAAGAUUUGAAUAAACAUUUGUCUGAAUACAUGAAAGGACUAACUGCUAAAGUAUUUCGUACAUACAAUGCAUCUCAUACCUUCCAAAUCGAGCUAAAGAAAGAGACGGCAAAUGCUACUACUGUAAUGGAGAAAAUGGUGGCAUAUAAUAAAGCAAACAGGCAGGUUGCUAUUUUAUGUAACCAUCAACGUUCUGUCAGCAAAGCUCACGAUAAUCAAAUCAAUAGAAUCGACGAUAGGGUUCGUGCUUUGAAAUACCAAAGAAAUAGAUGUAAAAUGGAAUUGUUGAAUCUUGAGCCCAAAUUAAAAAAGAAAGAGCCUCGACUAUUUGAACCAGAAUCAGACAUGGAAGAGGAAUGGGUAAUUGAGCAUGAGAAGCAAUUGAUGGAAAGAGAACGUUUGGCAGUUGUAAAAAAAUUCGAAAGAGAUAACGAAAAGCUUGCAGAAGAAGGAAAGUCACCUAAACCCGAUGAGCAUCUUAAACGAUUAUUAAAAGACAUUGAUGAAAAAGAGAAGGUGUUGAAGAGUGAACGAAAAUCUGGAAAGAUCAAUACGAGAAAAGGACAAACAAAUGAAAAACUCCGGAUCCAAAUAGAAAAAUUGACAGAACGUAUUAACACCACCAAGUUAUUAAAACAAGAUAAAGAGGACAACAAGACAACUGCAUUGGGCACAUCGAAAAUCAAUUACCUAGACCCGCGGAUCUCCGUUGCGUGGUGCAAAAAAUAUGAUGUGCCAAUUGCUAAAAUUUUCAACAAGAGCCUCCGUGAAAAGUUCCGGUGGGCGUUGGACGUAGAUGCGGAUUGG